AAGAGGAGGAGGAGAUGAGGGGUGUCAGGAAUUGACCUUGCGCACACUGGCCCCCCUAAAGCACCCAAAGGGUUUUGCUGUCACUGAUCUUCUUGUUUAGGGGGAACAGAGGAGCCCAUUCAGGCUUGUUCCACUAGGGGGGUCCUGGAGUUUGGCUUGGGAGUAGACCAGGACUUCCUGCUCUCAUCAUUACAAUGACUUUGGGAACUGAGAUGUGCGAUAACUCCCUCCUCUCUGAAGACACCGACAUCGAUGUGGUCGGGGACAUGAAUGCCAAGGAGGGCAAGUACUCUGACUACCAGUCAGACAACGACUCGGAUGACCCCCUGUCCAACAGGAGCCACCGAGGGGACGCUGCUUCUCCCGACCAGGACUCUAACCCCAGAGGCGUCGAGAAGAACCCCAAAAACACCCUGGUGAAGCCCCCCUACUCCUACAUCGCCCUCAUCACCAUGGCUAUCCUGCAGAGCCCCAAGAAGAGGCUAACCCUCAGCGAGAUCUGCGAAUUUAUCAGCAAUCGCUUCCCGUACUACAGGGAGAAGUUCCCAGCCUGGCAGAACUCCAUCAGGCACAACCUGUCCCUCAAUGACUGCUUUGUGAAAAUACCUCGAGAGCCUGGCAACCCGGGAAAGGGCAACUACUGGACCCUUGACCCCGAGUCCGCAGAUAUGUUUGACAAUGGCAGCUUCUUGAGGAGGAGGAAAAGGUUUAAGAGGCAGCAAAGUACUGAGAUCCUGAGGGACCCGAGCAGCUUCAUCCCAGCCUUUGGAUAUGGACCAUACGGCUACAACUAUGGGCUCCAGCUGCAGAACUACCACCAGCACCACCACCAUCACCACCACCAUCCAGGUGCCACCUUCCCCUUCCAGCCCACGCCCUGCCCUUUGCCCACCGUCACCUCGGUCUUCACCAGCCCUUCCUUGCCUGGAUUCAGCAGCGACCUGGGCAGGAAGUCUUUCUACUCCCAGCUCAGCCCCACCUUGCCCAUUCUUCAGACUCUGAAAGCAGACUCCCAAAGUCGGCCGUCCUUCUCCAUAGACAAUAUCAUCGGUCCGACCACUCCACAAUCGACCCCUACAUCGCCUUACACGACUCAGCCUGGGAGCCAGGCUCAGGUCAUAGCCAUGCUAACCCCUUCCCUGGGCCCCCUACAGAACCAUUUAAACUUGGCACACGAGAACGUUCUACAGACUCCACAGGACUUUCCUGGUAAAAUCACAAAUCUUAACAGCUGUCAUUUCUAAACAUAAAAAAAAA